UGUAAAAAUGUCAAUAUUGUUCGGUAAAGAGAAAACAAGAUAAACCAUAAUACGGCUCACUUAUGCUGGAAUAGCCGAUCAAAUAAGAUACUUACAGGCAAUUUUAGUAUUAAUGUGUACAAUAAAUUGAUGUGCAAAUAGCGUGUAGUUAACUCAAAGAGAGCGGCGUAAGCGCAGCAGCGUGUUAUUCGCAGAACAGUUUGUCACUGCAUGCCUUGGUGGAAUAACGUAUAGUUACCACCAUAGGAGGCUGCGAUAGUGUAUGAUAAACUCGAGUGGCCAAUAUAUAAUAUAUAAUAAAUCCGAUAUGGAAAUGGAGAGUAACACACAGAAAGGAGUGAAAGCUCCGGAUAAAGAUGUGAUUCAAAGAAUAACUGGAUCUUUUGGAAAAUAUCAACUAUGGCUUUGUGGACUUAUAUUCUUAUCCAAGUUUCCUGUAGCUUACCAUCAAAUGGCGAUAAUAUUUCUAUCUCCGAAAGUGUCAUAUUUCUGCAAUGAUACGAAAACAAACGACACAUGCCCUUGCGCAAAUCCCGAGUAUGAUACGUCAGUAUUUACAUCCACCAUAACUUCAGAAUGGGAUUUGAUAUGUGGAAGAAAGUGGAUGGCCAGUUUUUCUCAAACAUUAUUCCAAUUGGGAACAUUGUUUGGUAGUGUGUUAUUCGGAAUGGCUGCUGAUAGGUUUGGAAGAAAGAAUCCAUUACUUGCAGCUGUGGUGCUGCAGGUGUCAAUGGGCAUAACAGCCGGAUUCAUCAAAGAAUAUUGGACAUUCGCCUUCAUACGCUUCUUAGUCGGCAUGUCAGUCGGAGGCACGAUGGUCACCGGCUUCGUCAUUGUCAUGGAAUUUGUUGGAACUCAAUAUAGAGAGGUGGUGUCUGCCAUGUAUCAGACACCUUUCAAUUUAGGCCAUUUGACAUUGCCCGUUUUUGCCUAUUUCUUCAGAGACUUCAGAGAUUUUCAAUUGUCGAUUUCUAUACCAACUGUUUUAUUGCUUACAUAUUUCAUUUUUGUCCCUGACACACCAAGAUGGUUAAUAGCGGUAAAGAGAACAGAUGAUGCUGUUACAAUCUUGAAACGUGUCGCUAAAGUAAAUGGUCGUCCAACUGAGAAUAUACAAUCAGAUGUCGAAUCAUAUCAAGCAGCACUUAAAAAGUCAGAUCUACGGAAGGGGAAUAUACUGGAUUUAGUACGAACACCUAAUUUGCGGAAGAAUACAAUUUGUAUGGCGUUCAAUUGGCUGACAUGUAGCUACUGUUUCUAUGGCGUGUCACAAUAUGUCGGACAAUUAAGUGGCAACGUAUUUGUUAAUGUAGCAGCUAGUGCUUGCUUCUCAUUUUUUGGCACACUACUUUCCAUCCCAUUGUUAAGAGUAAUGGGUAGAAAGACUAUUCUAAUAGUAUUCAAUUUUAUAUGUGGUGUAUGCCUUCUAAUGUUGACCGUGAUACCAGAAGGUGUUUGGUCGAUAGCAUGCGCGAUUGUAGGUGUAGUUACUAGUUUUAUUGUAUUUGUUGUAGUUUAUCUUUAUUGUUCGGAAUUAUUUCCAACUGUAGUACGUAAUGCCGCUCUUGGCUGCUCAUCUAUGAUGGCUAGAGUAGGAUCAAUGAUAGCUCCUUUUGUCAUAGACACGGGAGCAGUAGCACCAUGGUUGCCACCAUUAUUGUUCGCCAUGCUUCCGCUUAUGGCAUGUGGUAUCUCUUUCUUAAUGCCAGAAACAAAAGGCUGUGAAUUAAUGACAACUAUAGAGGAAGGCGAGAACUUUGGAAAAAAAAGUGAAACACUAGAAACGAAUGAUACAAAAAGUAAAGAACGAUAUUAAAAAUCAGCAAUAAAAGGAAAAAAAGUACUUUAACGUAAUGUUAAGUAACGAAAUUUGUACAUAUAGAUACAUAUUACUAAAAAUACAUGUUUUUUAAUGAUCGACAAAACUGUUUUGUUAAGGUAUUAUUACAAACUUUGAACUGGUGAAGAUAAUUUUUUAUUAGCGCCACUAUCAUUAAUUUUAUGAAACUUAAUCUGUAAUAACUAUGUAUUGUUUUAUUUAAUUCAAUGUAUGAUAUAUGUAUGUAUAUCAUUUAUGUCAGAUGUUUAUUAUUCAAAAUAUUACGAUGAAAAAACAUAUAUACGAAGUAAAUACCUUGAAACUCA